GUUCUCCAGGUGUUCUCCUCGUCCUCCGCGCCGACUCCCUCAGACAUGGCCUCCCGCUCCUCCGCCGCGCUCCGCGCCCUCUCCCGCACCUCCGUCGCCUCCCGGGCACGCUUCUCGACCUCCCCGCGCGCUUUCCAGGCAGCAGCGGCGGCCAAGCCGGCGUCGGAGACCAUCAACCGGAUAGUAGACGACAUCUCUGGCUUGACAUUGCUGCAGGCCGCAGACCUUGUUACCGCGCUCAAGGAGCGGUUAAACAUCCAGGAGAUUGCCAUGCCCGCGGCGGCGGCACCGGCUGCUGCUGCCGCACCAGCAGAAGACGCGGCGCCCAAGGAGGAGGUCAAGGAGAAGACAGUCUUCAACGUCAAGCUUGAGUCUUUCGACGCUGCCGCGAAGCCCAAGAUCAUCCGCGAGGUCAAGGCCAUCGUCCCCAACUUGACGCUCAUUGACGCCAAGAAGUUCGUCGAGGGCGUGCCAAAGGUGCUGAAGGAGAACGUGACGAAGGAGGACGCAGAAAAGCUCCAGAAGGCCUUCGAGGCCCUCGGCGCCGUCGUCAAGCUCGAGUAGACACCCUCAUGUCACACUCUGGCCUUCUAGCUUACCCCCUAUGGAUCCAUCCUCCUAAUCCACUGCUCAUACAUCAUGCGCAUAUGGAAGGCGUGCUUCAUGCAAAUCCAAGUCUGUUGGUUUCGUUUCACAGGCUCUAAGGGUACAUGGGGUAAGGUAUACAAUUCUAUAUAUCAUAAUUGGGAUCCUUCGGCCCAUUGCAUCGUCUAACAUAAACUGCAACAUUUCGCCUUCGUACACGCUAAUCGCCGUCUUCCGACGUGUCUACAUCACUCAGUAGUGCCAUUCAGCUUACUUCCGUAGGUGAGCGCUUGUAUGGACGGGCAGCCUUGCGUUGACGGUACGCGCUGCUCUUCACUCCAUACCUUUCGGCCUUCAAUGCAGCCCUCCGAACCCGGGACCGUCCUAUC